AUGAAUCAAUCCUGGCGUGCGAAGCUAGCGCUCGCUGCUUCUGUUUCUGUCUCUUGUCUUCCCGGAGCCAAUGCAGCACUUUACGACACCGUUAUUGAAACCAAGUACGGCAAGCUGCAAGGUUAUCCUGCCUUCACCAGCGAACCUUCCGGAAAUUUGUCUCACUGGAAGGAUAUCACCACGUGGAAGAACAUCCCAUUUGCAGCCACAACUGCCGGGAAAAACCGCUGGAGGGCUCCCCAAUCGCCCAGUUCUUGGAAUGGCACACGUGAUGCCAAAUCGUUCGGCAAUGUGUGUCCUGGUGCCACCUCCGGCCCUGGCUCCGACGAAUACACCAUCGACGAAGAUUGUCUGAACUUGAACGUGUGGAGCCCUGCUAAUUCUACCGAUGCAAAACUUCCUGUGGUCAUGUGGAGUUAUCCUGCUGAAUCAACUGCUGCUGAUGCGCUUUUUGAUGGAGGUGGUAUGGCUGAUCAAGGCAUUGUCUUCGUGAAUUACAAUUACCGCUCUGGGGCCUUCGGUUGGCUUGCCCAUAAGCAGCUGUCUGAGGAGUUUUAUGCCGUCACUGGUUCAAAUAGCUCUGGUAACUGGGCUAUGCUGGAUCAAUUUGCUGCUUUGAAGUGGAUUUCUGAAAACAUUGAAUCUUUUGGUGGUGACCCCCAACGGAUUACUGUCAUGGGUCAGUCUGCUGGAUCUGCUGCGACCCAGCAUAUCCUGAACAGUGGACUUACUAAGGGCCUGAUCGUGGGUGCUAUCAUUGAGAGUGGUGUCCGUGAUCCGCAUGAUCCCAUGUGUACCACUGUAGCUGAGAAUUACAUUACACUCGAUGCUGCACUGGCCAACGGCGAAGAAUUCCUUGCUGACUUCAAUGUCACGACCAUUGACGAGUUGCGGGAGUUGUCAAUGGAAGAGAUUGAGAACAGUGGCACCUCCUUGGACUUUACCGCGGUUCUCGACUACUACACCAUGCCGGACACCUAUAUCAAUACCCUUGUCAAGGGCCUUGCUCAAGACGUUCCUGUUAUUACCGGAAACACGAAAGAUGAAAGUGGUGCUACUUAUGGUCUUAACAUCACUGUUGAAGAAUUUCUCGCUGAGAUGAAUGAGACAUUCACUGAACCUUGGCUAUCUAAGUUCAUUGAUGCUUACGGAGGCAACACGUCUUCUGCAGUCUCAGGUGGCUAUAAUGCACAAUGGACGGAUCGUUCAAAGGUUGGAACCUGGAUGUGGGCCAACCUCUGGGCUACAGCAAAAACAAGCCCUGUGUACACCUACUUCUGGGAUCACGCUCCUCCCGGUCAAGACCAAGGUGCCUACCAUGAGUCGGAAAUCAACUACGUACUCAACAACUUGUAUGGUACGGAUAAGCCAUGGACAUCAACUGACUACGUCAUUGCACGUAAAAUGAACACCUACUGGGCCAAUUUCAUCAAGUCAGGUAAUCCCAACGGCAAUUCUCUGGUGAAUUGGCCAGCCACGACAUCCAAUGCCACCGUGCAAUGGGUAGGUAAUGGCUGGGGUCAGAUCCCUGUAACCUCGGAGGAGAAAGUCGAACUCUUUGAAGACUGGUUCGAGACCUUGGUAGCGUAUUGA